CAAAAGAAACCUAGACAGUCAGCUUGCACACCACCUAGGAAAGAAGUGUCAUAAAGCCUACAGCAUGAUUUUCCCGUUUUGCAUAUUAGAACUCACUUUGAUAAGAUGUCAGCUUGUGGGGUGGGUUUUGUGGGGGUUGCUGUUUGUGUAGUUAAUCUCAGAGCAUCCCAGUUUCCGGCCAUGGAAAGAUGUUUGCUAUGAUUGCCGUGACCCUGCUGGAGAAGAGGUAACCAAAUUCAUUGCUUGUGGUGCAGCUCCAUCUGUUUGACAUCGAUGUUCCCGGGAAAAUUACAUUUCAAGAAUCUAAAACGCUGAGUCCUGGUGAUAGUUUCUCCACAUUUGAUACUCCUUACUGCAGAGUGGGCCUGGGCAUUUGCUACGACCUGCGCUUUGCAGAGCUCGCACAGAUCUACGCCCAGAGAGGCUGUCAGCUGUUGGUGUAUCCUGGAGCUUUUAAUAUGACCACUGGACCAGCCCACUGGGAGUUGCUUCAGCGAGGCCGGGCUGUUGAUAAUCAGGUAUAUGUGGCCACAGCAUCUCCUGCCCGGGAUGAUCAAGCCUCAUAUGUUGCCUGGGGACACAGCACUAUUGUGAGUCCUUGGGGGGAGGUCCUUGCCAAAGCCGGCACCGAGGAGACGGUCGUGUGUUCAGACAUAGACCUGAAGAAGUUGACUGAAAUACGCCAGCAAAUCCCCAUUUUUAGCCAGAAGCGAUCAGACCUCUAUGCAGUGGAGGCGAAAAAGCCCUAAGGUUUAUGUUUCUAACAUGUCACGAAACAGGAGGAUAUGUUUCUACAACGUAAUCCAUUCCCUGCUGAAUUCUUUAAAGAGAUCUUUUUUUUUUUUUAAUUUCAGCUUUUUCCCCUUCCUGGGAACUUUCUAAUGAGAUGAUGGAGCAUCAGCACAUGGUAUUUUUCACACCAUAUUAAAUAGUUAAAAAGGACUCAGGCUGGCAUUGAGAGCAGAAGGAAGAGGGGAUGACUAUAUACCUCCCAUACUAAGUUGCCUCAUAGUAGUUGGUAAAAGUAUCAGACCUUGGUAUCUAGGUUGAUUCACCUGCUACAAAUACAUUUGUGUCACACACACCUCUCAUCUCAUUGCUGGAGUUGGAACCCAUUAUGUAGAAACUUGGUCUGGUGCUAUAGUUUUUUGGAGCAGGAUGUUAAAGUUACAUUUUUAGUCUGUGAGUAGCUAUGGGAAGCAAGGUGAUGGACCCUUGGUGUUUGCUAGAGGAGAUGGCAGCCCCAGUCCUUCCUAGCAGCCUGGAGGUUCUUCAGAUUCAAGGAGGAGCUCAUGAAUCAAGCCCAGACCCUCCUGGUCUUAGGGGAGAGGCUGUGUCAACAGUGAGUCCUAUGGGGGAAUGACUGGUGGCCUUUGGUCAAGGCAACCAAAGAUGAGUCUCUGCAAAAGAUUUUCUUGAUGGGGUGAGUGUCUGAAAAUCUUUUUCUUUUUGUUUUUCUCCCUAGUAACACUUUCUAGCUUGAUAAAGGCAAAUUUUUAGCCUAGUGGUUUUCAGAAUCCUUUUGCACCAUUAAAAAUUAAGAAUUCCAAUGAACUUUAUUUUUAUGUAUGUUAUAUGUUGGGCUGGUAAAACGUUUAACAACCAGCUGUCCCCCAAACCCUGAUUUUGCAGUAGCAUUUGCCAGUUUCCAUGGUGUAAAUACUUGCACUGUGGCCAAGGCUCAGACUGUCAGUAUGACAUCUCUAAACAGAGUUGGAAAUACGCGCAGUUAGCACUCGUGAGCUGGAGCCGUCCCACACUAGCACACCACUGUUUACAUAUAUAUUUACCAUCCUGGAAAAUAAAACAAAAUUUUAAAACAAAAGAAUGCAUGGGCACACAUUUUAUUAGCUAUAAGAGUAAUGACAUCAUCAUGUCAUUUAACCUUUGGAAACCAGCAUUGUAUACUCAGGAAUACAAGAAUGAAAAAGGUAAAUGACAUUUUAAAAUUAAGUAUACAAUUUGGUAAAAUCGGACACAUGUAUACAUCCAUGAAACCACUCUAAUCAAGAUAAUGAACAACUCUCGCCUCCCGCCUCCUUGCAAUUUUCUUGUGUUCUUGUAUAAUCCCCUCUAGCUACCCUUCUCACCCCCAGGCAGUCACUGAUCAGCUUUGUCACUGUAGAUAGGUUUGAAUUUUCUGUCAUUACCUAAAAGUGGAAUCAUACCUAAUGUGUAUACUUUUCUGUCUUCUUUCACUCAUCAUGAUUAUUUGGAGACUCA